AUGAGUAGCAGUGCCUAUAAUCCAAUUAUUUACUGCUUUGCUAACGAAAGGUUUCGCAUAGGCUUUCGCUUUGUGUUCCGGUGGCUUCCACUUAUCAACUGCCCUCGCGAAGACUACCAAUAUUCCCAACUUUUCCCAGAAAAAUUACGUAGUAUGGCCAUCAGCAUGCAGCUUGGGAAAGCUCGUGACAAAGAAUUCAAGAAACAUGAGAAAUCCUAUAACAGCACUGGUGAGUCAGCGUUUUAG